GUUGCUCGCAUCUGACGUACUUGCUGAGAACUUUCUUUGUUAAUGCGCGUCAUCUUAGAUGCAAUUAGGCUCCGACUCCGAGUGUGAUAGUGUGGGAAGGGGAGCGUUUUGUGCUCAGGUAUGUAAAUGAUGUGUCGUAAAUGCAUGCAUCUGAUUGGUGGAUGCAUUCCCCAGGUGUAAACAACCAAUGAGGUUUCACUACACCAAAGAACAAUUGUGCAGGUAGACAACAAAUAGCGGAUAAAAUCAUCAUCUUUGAUCAUCGACUUUGCAACAAAGAUGGAAGCUGGCAGAUUCUACGAUUCAGCUGCCAAGAGGCCAAAACGUGUGACAAAGCAGCCGUCACCAUCAUCACGGAAAUCUAAAACUCCGGUGGUGAGAGGAAAUGUGAGGCUUGUGAAAAAAAAAGCGGCUAACAUAGUAAAUUCUGCUGGAGGAAGCCAUGCUGGUUCUAUUAAGCCAUUUUUUGAAGCAGAGGUCCGGGCCCUAAAAAGCCGGGUCGCAGCAAUGGAGUCUGCGAGGGACAGUUGCCACGGGAAUUGUAUCACAGAAACAAAUAACAUUGUGGAGAGACUCGACCAGCUGGAAGCGUCAAUAAAGAAUAUUGAGUCCCGCUUAGAAUGUCUGGAGAGGCCCGCACCACAAGAAGAGGACCCCCUCCCAUCUCAAGAACCUUUCCCACAUACUACGACGGAUUUUGAGGUCAGAGCUCUCCCCGCCGAACGUGAGGAGGAGUUUUUCAGACUCUGCCACCGUGGAGGCCACCCUCGACCCGAAAGCUACGCUGCCGGUGUGUUUAUGGCGCUCACACCUUUUAGACUUUACAAGGACUGGGGAAAGACCGUCAACUGGAGCGGCUCCAACGGAAAACAACCUCUGCCCAGGAUAAACGAAAGACUGAGAUCUCCCCGCAAGACAGAUCCCGAAACGCAGCGCCCAGGCUUUUGCCGUUAA